GAACACAGAAUUGUGCAUUUAAUACUGAAGUAAAAAAAUAAAUAAACCAAAAAUCGAAUAAAUAUAAAUGGGCGAUAUACAAACAUAAGUAUUUGCUUAAAUGCUAACCGAACUAAGUGUUAAUAAACAAAAACUGUAAAGUCCAACAACAACGUGGAAAAAAGCCUUGCAUCUAUUCAGGCGCAUACAAAAGAUGAGCGCAAAGAUGACUCGCUACAAACAAACUGAAUUUACGGAAGAUGAUUCAAGUUCAAUUGGCGGCAUCCAGCUUAACGAAGCGACUGGGCAUACUGGUAUUCAGAUAAGAUACCAUACAGCGCGGGCCACUUGGAAUUGGCGUUCGCGCAACAAAACGGAAAAAUGGCUGCUUAUAACCACCUUUGUCAUGUUCAUCAUAAUUCUGAACUUGCUUAUAGUGAUAUUUUUUAAUGGAUCAAACGAUAAGACUAAACACGUGCUACAUGUACAACCCCAUAAAAAGGACUGCUUGAGCGCCAAUGAGUUGCCCUGCCUCAACGGGCACUGCAUAUUUGCGUCUAGUGAGAUACUUAAGUCCAUUGAUGCAUCUGUUGAUCCCUGCGAUGACUUCUAUGGAUAUGCUUGUAACCAAUGGAUUAAGAAUAAUCCAAUACCGGAGGGGAAGUCUACGUGGGGAACUUUUGGCAAAUUGGAGCAAAUGAAUCAGCUGAUCAUACGAAAUGUUCUUGAGAGGCCAGCAAAGAGCUUCAAAUCGGAAGCUGAGCGUAAGGCUAAAACCUACUAUGAGUCAUGCCUAGAUUCAGAAGAUCAUAUGGAAAAACUGGGUGCCAAGCCCAUGACCGAUUUGCUUGUCCAAAUUGGUGGAUGGAAUGUUACGCAAAGCGGCUACAAUGUGGAUAAAUGGAAUUUGGGCGAUACACUGAAAAUACUGCACAAUAAAUACAAUUUCAAUUGCCUUUUUGGUUGGGCCAUAGGCGAGGAUGACAAGAAUUCAUCUCGCCAUGUUAUACAAAUAGAUCAGGGUGGUCUAACAUUGCCAACUGCUGAUUAUUAUAAUAACAAAACGGAUAUACAUCGCAAGGUGCUAAGUGAGUAUAUUGAAUAUAUGACCAAGGUAUGUGUACUGCUGGGGGCCAACGAGAAGGAUGCACGUGUUCAAAUGGAAGCGGUCAUUGAAUUUGAAAAGAAACUUGCCAAUAUUACGAUACCACUGGAAGAUCGACGGAAUGAGGAAGCAAUGUAUCAUCCAAUGACAUUGAAGGAGCUGGGAGUGCUUUCGCCUUUUCUAAACUGGACAGAGCAUUUCGACGAUGCUCUGCAGCUGGUUAAUCGGCGCGUGACUGAGCGGGAGGUAGUCGUAGUGUAUGCACCCGAUUUUCUAAAGAAUCUUUCACAUAUCAUUCAGGCCAUGGGGCAGACGCAGGCAGGCAAAAUAACAUUGAACAACUAUUUAAUUUGGCAAGCUGUGCGAACGCUCACUUCAUGCCUGUCCAAGCCCUUUCGAGAUGCGUACAAGGGCGUACGAAAAGCGUUGAUGGGGUCGGACGGCGGCGAGGAAAUUUGGCGGUAUUGCGUCUCUGAUACCAAUAAUGUAGUCGGAUUCGCAGUGGGCGCUAUAUUUGUGCGCCAAGCCUUUCAUGGAGAGAGCAAGCCCGCCGCUGAGCAAAUGAUUGUCGAGAUCCGCGAGGCCUUUAAGCUCAACCUUCAGAACCUCAGUUGGGUGGACAAAGUAACGCGUGAACGUGCUAUCGAAAAAGCAAACGAAAUUUCGGACAUGAUUGGCUUUCCCGAUUAUAUACUUAACCAUGAGGAGCUGGAUCGGAAGUAUGCUGACUUGACUAUCACAGCAAACGCGUAUUUUGAAAAUAACAUACAGGUGGCAAUCUAUAAUUUGAAGAGUAACCUGCAGCGUUUAGAUCAGCCGGUGAAUAAGACCCACUGGGGCAUGACACCGCAAACUGUUAAUGCCUACUAUACACCCACGAAAAAUCAAAUUGUUUUUCCUGCUGGCAUACUGCAGACCCCCUUUUUUGAUAUCAACAACCCCAAGAGCCUAAAUUUUGGGGCCAUGGGAGUUGUUAUGGGGCACGAGUUGACGCAUGCAUUCGACGAUCAGGGACGUGAAUAUGACAAAUAUGGCAACAUCAACCGCUGGUGGGAUGAAAAAAGUAUUGCACGCUUCAACGAGAAAUCGGAAUGCAUUGCGAAGCAAUAUAGCAAUUAUAAGAUGAACGGGCGCAAUUUGAAUGGAAAGCAAAUGUUAGGUGAGAAUAUUGCGGAUAAUGGCGGCCUAAAAGCAGCCUAUCAUGCCUAUUUGCGCACUAAACCCGAAAAGGAAGCAGACGUACUAAAAUUGCCUGGUCUGAAUUUAACGCAUCCACAAUUGUUUUUCGUUUCAUUUGCCCAAGUAUGGUGCUCCAGCACUACAGAUGAAACCAAUCUGCUGCAAUUGGAAAAGGAUCCACACUCACCAUCCGAAUAUCGAGUUAUAGGCACGCUAUCGAACAUGAAAGAGUUUGCGGAUGUUUUUCAAUGUAAACCGGGAAAACGCAUGAAUCCGACCAACAAAUGUGAAGUUUGGUAAAAAUUCUUCCAUGCGACACCAAUAAUAACAACAAGAAAAAAAUGUGGUUAUUGUUUACUUUAUAAUGAAUUUAUUUUUAGUGUCAAAUGCACAGUGGUCGGAAGUGCCCUUAACAAAAAAAUAACCGAAAACAAAGCCAGAGCUUUGUAAUUUUUCCUAUGUACUCUUUAAGGUAAUUGUUGAUUUAGUUAAAAAACAACAAAGAAUAUUGUUAAGUUAGACCCUCUCCCGCCUGUAUACAAACACAUAAAUGAAUUUUAUGUAUUUUAAGUAUUUAAAAAAAAAUAUAAAUGGGCUUAGUAUUUGUAUAUGUAAGUAGCAGAUGUAAAACGUAUGUAUUUGAAAUAGUAAGGGACUUACCUUUUUUCAAUUGUACCAGUUUUUUUUCUAAUCCAAUAAAUAUGGUACAUACAUAAAUAGUAAAUAAGCAGGACAUUUGCUUAAUUGUCUAGCGGCAGAAUUCUAAUAUAGAUACAUAUACAUAUAAAUAUGACUAAAACAUUAAGAGUUUCAGUCGCAACGAGUGCCAUCAAUAGUUUAAUCUAUGGAAAACAAUUCCUUCUUGGCCACAAAUCGACUAAUGAGAACAAGUGUGUGAGAGCAUUUACAACAAUUACAAAAGAGGUUAUACGUGUAACUUUAAUGUAGUUACUACAUACCUUUGCUUCACUAUUAAUUAACCACCACGGCAUUAAAAGUCGUCGUAACAACAUCUUUGAGUUUAUACAUUUUGCCUAAAAUAAGGGAAUUCCGACCAGUUUGCAAUGUAAAUAAUGUGCAGCACAUUAUAUUUUGAUUUCGUAUUCCACAAGUUUCUGUAAUUGUGCCUAAACGAAACAAAAUCUAAAGAUACUUGUUUAACCAAACAUAGUCGUGGAGCUACAAUAUGUGUAAGUAGCACCAUAUUUGAGGAAAUACUUGUAGUAUAUACAUAAAUAAUUGGGAUCAGCAGGAAAGUCCCAAAUUCUGAGACCUAAUCAUAAAGUAUGCUUCAGAAAUAAAAAGCCCAACUGAAUGUUUUUGUGAA